GCCACCCUAUAAAACUGUGGAGACAGUGCCCGGCCCCACCACCUGCUCCAGCUGCCACCGCUGCCAUCUCCAUCUGGGUGCACAUCCUCGCCGAGCCAUGUCCUGCUAUGACCUGUGCCUGCCCUCCUUCUGCAGUCCCCGGCCCCUGGCCACCAGCUGCAACCAGCCCUGUUUCCGCCGCUGCGGGGACUCCACCGCCUACAUCCAGCCGCCCACGGUGGUGGUCACGCUGCCCGGGCCCAUCCUCAGCUCCUUCCCGCAGAACACCACGGUGGGCUCCACGGCGUCGGCGGCCAUCGGGAGCUACCUGCGCUGCUGCGGCAUCCCCGUGGGCUCCAGGGGGCUGGGCAAGGCGGGACUGCUGUGCCUGGGCAGCGGGCUGUAGGGGGUCCCCGGCGGGCUCCUCCUGCCCGUGCCAGCAGCGUGGUCGGGAAGGACAAGCCAAGCACAAGGCCAAGGCUGGGGAAGAGGACUGAGGAGAUGCCCGUGGAUUUCCCAGCAGUUCCCACAGCAGGAGGGGAGCCGUGCGAGCUCGUCACUCCAGCCCGUGCCUCUGUAAUCCUUUCUCUCACUAAGUCUUUGUAUUUCCAUGUUCUACAGGGCAUUUGCUGCUGRCUGGGCAAUAAAUGCUUCUAGAUGGCAGAUGAUGGGGUGGUGGGGCGAGGGGCCACCUUGCAGGGAUCAGCUUGUCCCAAAGUGGGAUUUAUCCAUUUCUGUGCUCAGCGCUGGAAACACACUUGUACUCUGAACUGGUUCAUUCUCCUUCUCCUUCUCAUUAAAGACUUGCCACAUCAUA